AUGAGUGAUACUGUAGCAGCACCAGCAACAGCGCCAACAACCACAGCAACAACAACAACAACAACCACUGAGGCUGCUACACCAACACAAACACCUCCAAAAGAGACAUGCAAGAAACGUCCUGUGAUUGUAUCUUUACCACCAAAGAAGCAUCAUCCUUCUUCUCAUCCAGAGAAUCAUUCUUGGUCGGAAGGCACAGUACCAGGACCCGAGCCGCCCUGUCAUUUUUGUGCCGCUCACCAUCAUCAUCAUCAUCACCCACGACCACAUAACACUGAAAUCAUUGAGCCUGUAUCGACUCUAUUUUUGCAUCAGAAACCAUCAGCCACGAACAAAAUGGAACCCUCCCUUUCGUCCUGUUCUUCAUCCAUCGAAUCGGCUUCUCCUACAAUGGACGACGAGCCACCCACACAACAACAACAACAUGAAGACAGCAGUGAAGAAGUCACCAAAAAGCAGCUACCACACCAUCCCUUUGCGGUAUUACAGCAUCAUGGUACGCUUUACGACGACCCAGCCGUGGUACACGUGAUUGACCAUAGUCGGCAUCAUCGUCAUCAUGCUGCUGCAAGUGGAACCAACCAUCAACAACAACCAUCACAGCAUCAGCAUCAGCAGCAGUUCCUGAGAAUGCCAGGAGGAGGUGACGCCGAAGUACAAGGAGCAAUGACUAAUGGAGGAGGAGGAGGAGGAGCUUCAAUGAUCCAUGGAGGAGAAUGCCCCUGUCGAUAUCAUCACCAUUAUUGCAAUCAUCAUCCUUCUCCAAUUGUGGAUGAUUCAGUAUGGGAUAAAUUGGCAAACAAGAUUGAUCAACUUGUGGAAUCUCGAGUACACCAGGCAACAAUGCAACAACAACAACAUCAACAUCCUAAACAUGAAUCACCAUGGAAACAAGAUGAGGUGCGUCUUGAAGAUUUGGAGUUGGCUACGGCACGGCUGGACCGACGCCUCAUUGCUCUCGAAAAUCAAGUGGCGGCUGCAUGGCGUAGUCAUCCUCACACAAACAAUCACACCUUGCAUACUCAGCAAAGUAACAGCUCAUCACCUACCACUGCUACUACAACUACUACAAGGAGUACGAGCCAUGCUGCUGCUACUGCUACUGCUGAGGAUGAUGCCACCACAAGAUCCCAUCAGCUUCAAUAUGAAUGUCAAUCCUUGUACGGGCGAUUAACCGAGGAACAGCGUAAAACCAAACAUCUUGAACAACAACAUGUCGAGUUCCAUAAACGGCAGACCGAAGACAUGUUAAAGAUGGAGAAAUUACAGCAGCAGGUCAAUGCACUUCGGGCCGAAUUGCGACAAUACAAAGGUGGUCAACAACAACAACAACAAGGCAAACGUGGUGGUGUGCAACAACAACAACAACAACAACAACAAAGACGUCCUGGACCUCCCAUGCAUCAUCCUUCAGCACCCGUUACCAUGACAACCCAUCAUCGAUUGCCUACACCAGGUUCAUCUCCUUCUUCCACAGGUCGUAUGCACAAGAAUCAACAACAUCAACGACCUCCUCCUCAAAAGCAUCAUCAUCAGCAGCCCCAACAGGAUGAAGAUGGAUCAGUGCGUGAAGAGGAUGGUUAUCUUGUAUUCAAUACCAAUAUCAAUGGUGAAUUGAUUCAUUGCAAAGUCAAGAUCCCAACGAGUGCAGCUUCAUCUCCUACCAUUCAACAUCAUCGUCCUGCUCAUCAUCAUUAUUCAAAACCCAUGUCUGAUUUCCCAUUGGCACUUGUAUCCCCUCCCAUCACUCGGGCAGGUACCCCUACUACCACGAUGCGUGUUGACAAGAAUGCCAUGAUGAUGAUACCACCCCUUUCUAAAUCCAAGAAGGGUAUGCCUACUGGCACUACUACUACUGGCAGUGGAUUGAAUCCAAAUGCCCCCGAGUGGAAAAAUGGUACCUGGAAAUAA